UCCCUCUCCUCUACUCUCUGACUCUCCAUUACAUAACCGCCGCUUGUUUUUGGUUUCCCUGGUAAAGACCUUUUCACACUGUCUCAAAACUUGCGACUUCACAUGCUUUAUAUAUACAUCAACUGAAUCUACGUACUUUGUUCGGAAGCUUUUCUCAAAGUUACGUUUUUCAUGGAUAUAUAGAGUUUAAUAUAUCGAGUUUUCUAAGAAGCAAUCAGUUCGGAAGUUGUUUCUGUAUUAUGUUAUAUUAUUGUUCUUGAGAGUUUCAGGUUUGAAUCAGAAGAAGGCGGAAUGUGCUUUUGAUUUCGUAUCUUGAGCCCGAUCAUCGUUAUUAUUAUUAUUGUUAUUAAUAUUAAUAUUAUUAUUGUAUCGUGUGAUUUGGUGUAAGACGAUCAACUGAAGAAGAGAAAGCUGAAAAUUGUGGGAGCAAGUAGGUGGUAUAGUGUGCGUGGGGGUGUGAGUGGAGUGAGUUCGUGAGUCUCGUGAAGAAAAAUGCCUCAUAGAACGACUUACUUCUUCCCCAGGCAAUUUCCGGAUCGUGGAUCCGAUGCAUCCUCAAGCAAGCAAGUAGUAGAGAAUCACGAGAAGAAGUCUGUGAAAGAAACUUUUAACAUUGAAAAUGACCGAAAGUCAUCCUCAACGACCACAAAGAACUUCAAGACUUCAGCUCUAUCAGAUCUCUUCACGAGUGGUGACGAAAAGUUUCAAAUAAAAAAGCAGCAAUUUUCUGCCUUUUGCGACUGGUUGACAGAGAAAAAGGGACCAGAGAGAUCUUCUCACGUGAAAUCAAGGCCAUAUUUCAGUGAUGAAGAUCGUGAGCCCUUGUUACCAACUCCUGAAUCCGUGUCCGCGCCGGUACCUGUAUCCGUACCCGCACCCGCGCCCGUACCUGUAACAGAGACUACUGUCAUCGUUGAUGACAGGAACUUUGAUCACCAGGUGUCAUUGCCGAGGUUGUCCAGUACUGGGAGCAGUUAUGCGGGGAGCUUAUUUUCUGGGACUACUGUAGAUGGAAUUUUUUCUAGUGAUGUUAAGGACACGUCCACUCGCAUGUCCACGACUAGACCGGAGGUGGAGGAAGAAGAAGAGAGUAAAGACAGCUUGGCCCAGAGGACGAAGGAGAGUUAUAUGCUGCAGCUUGCGUUGGCUCGCAGGCUUACUUCGCAAGCAAGUCUUGUUAGUGAGCAUGAGAUUUUGCAGGAGUGCCUCCCGGUUGCUGAUGCUCAAACUGUCUCUUACCGUCUAUGGGUAAGUGGUUGCUUGUCAUACAGUGACAAGAUAUCCGAUGGAUUUUACAACAUUUUGGGGAUGAACCCGCAUCUGUGGGUGAUGUGCAACGAUUCAGAGGAAGGAAAGCGGCUGCCAUCUUUGGUGUCGCUUCAAGAAAUCGAACCUACUGAAACCACCAUGGAAGUGGUUCUUAUUGAUAGACAUGGUGACACCCGCCUCAAGGAGCUUGAAGACAGAGCUCAGGAAUUAUAUUGUGCUUCUGAAAACACCUUGGUCUUGGUGGAGAAACUUGGCCAACUUGUUGCUAUCUGCAUGGGAGGAACUUUCCCGUUGGAGCAAGGUGAUCUCCACAAGCGCUGGAAAUUAGUUAGCAGGAGAUUGAGAAGAUACCGUAAGUGUAUAGUGAUACCUAUUGGCAGUCUAACUACGGGACUGUGCAGGCAUCGAGCAGUUUUAUUCAAGAAAUUGGCAGACUGCAUAGGUUUACCAUGUCGGAUAGCUCGUGGUUGCAAGUAUUGUGAAGCAGAUCACAGGUCUUCUUGCCUUGUUAAAAUAGAGGAUGACAGGCAGUCUUUAAGGGAGUAUGUAGUUGAUCUGGUUGGGGAACCGGGAAAUGUCCAUGGUCCAGAUUCUUCAAUUAACGGAGGAAUUUUUUCUUCAAUGCCAUCUCCGCUUCAAUUUUCCCAUUUAAAAGAAUUCCAACAACCGUAUACUGAUACGGAUUCAAAGAACUCUAGCACUUUCCCUGAAAACCAUCUGUACUCAGGUAUUUAUGACGAGGAAGGACAACAGUUGAAGGAUACUGGUUUAUUUGAAAGUCCAAAGGGUUUUAUCAAUGCUCCUGUUGAACAAGCUAGUCCUGAAAAGGAUUCAUCUCUGGUGCCUCUGAAAUUGGAAGGGAACCCUGAUGCUUUGGGUGUUGCUGCUGGGGAGCUGAUAAAUGAAUAUCCUGGACUGGCUGAGAAAAAUGUUAUUAUACAGUCAUACAAAAGGGAGAUUAUUGCGUCUGGAAGUUCAAUUAGAAAUAAGGUUGUCAAGCAACCUAAAACAAACUUGUCCAGUCAGCCGGUUAAAGAGGAUGAGAGUAAACUUGAGAAACGAGGCAUAUUUCCGGCAACAACCAACGCAAGAUACUUGAAUCUGGAGCCUUCUCUUGCAAUGGACUGGCUUGAGAUCGGAUGGGAUGAAUUACAUAUCAAGGAGCGAGUUGGUGCUGGCUCAUUUGGGACAGUGCAUCGUGCUGAAUGGCAUGGAUCGGACGUUGCUGUCAAGGUAUUGACAGUUCAAGAUUUUCACGAUGAUCAGUUGAAGGAGUUUUUGAGGGAGGUUGCGAUUAUGAAACGUGUCCGGCAUCCAAAUGUUGUUCUUUUCAUGGGUGCGGUUACAAAGCGUCCUCAUCUGUCAAUUGUGACAGAAUAUCUGCCAAGGGGUAGUUUAUACCGCCUCAUCCAUAGGCCAACUGGAGGGGAAAUGCUCGAUCAAAGGAGGCGGCUACGCAUGGCAUUGGAUGUGGCCAAGGGACUCAACUAUCUUCAUAAUCUAAACCCUCCUAUACUUCAUUGGGACCUUAAAUCACCAAACUUGCUGGUUGACAAAAAUUGGACUGUGAAGGUCUGUGAUUUUGGAUUGUCCAGAUUCAAAGCGAAUACUUUCAUAUCAUCGAAAUCUGUUGCGGGGACUCCUGAGUGGAUGGCUCCAGAAUUCCUUCGAGGAGAGCCCUCAAAUGAGAAGUCUGAUGUUUACAGUUUUGGAGUGAUCCUGUGGGAACUUGUGACAAUGCAACAGCCUUGGAAUGGGCUUAGUCCAGCCCAGGUAGUUGGAGCUGUUGCUUUCCAGAACAGAAGGCUUGCAAUCCCACCGAACACAUCCCCCGUAUUGGCUUCCCUCAUGGAAUCUUGCUGGUCUGAUGAACCUGCUCAACGCCCAUCUUUUGCUAAUAUAGUAGAGUCACUAAAGAAGUUGUUGAAGUCUCCAAUCAAGUUGAUACAAAUGGGUGGACAAUAA